AUGAUAGUCAAGAACUUGACCAAGUACGAUAACUUGUUUAAGAUCCUGAACCAGGUGUUGGAGCAGCGGACUGAAGCAAACUCCCAGGCCCAGGCGGCUACACAACAAAAAAAGAGUAGAGCUGCGAGAGUUGGGCGAUCGGCUGGGGUCUAUCAACGCAGUGGGAGACAGGCUGGAAGCGUUGAUCGAGAGAAUGGGCUAGGUCAUGAUGGAGGCGCUCAAGGUCCAACGAAGAGGGAAGGCAGCCUCAACCAUCCUGACAAUGCUAGGGAUGUUCGACCCGACCCCGACUCAUGCUGCCCGCAAGGCAGAAUAGGCGGCGGCGGUGGGGCGGUUCCGAUUGGUAGCGGAAGGUCCAAAAGAGCUGGUGCCAGUAAUGGAAAACCUGAGCGACGAAGGAGCCAGUCUAGGGCAAGCGAACCAUACCUGUGCGAGCCAAGGGUACAACAAGGUCGGGGGUGGGUCGGGCUUGUAACCCACUCCGACGACCUAAGAGGUGAUGGAAGCUCUUGGAAAAAUGAAGGCAGUGGACUAUGA